AUGGCCUCCUUCGACCUGCGCUGCCUCGUAAUCUCGGCCGCCGACCGCUCAUCCUUUGAGCAGCUCGUCGACAGCGUGGAGGCGACCCUGCGUGCGGCGAUCGAGGCGGAGGGCGGGGGCCGCCCCGUGUACCUGCUCGGGGAGUCGUUUGGCGGCCUGAUGGCGCUGGCGCUGGCGGAGCGGCUGGGGGACCUGGUCGACCGCCUGGUGCUGGUCAACCCCGCCACGUCAUUCCUGAAGACCCCCUGGCCCCAGGCCGGCCCCCUGCUGGCCGCGCUGCCCCAGGAGCUGUACCGCCUGCUGCCCUUUGGCCUCGCGCCCGUGCUGUGCGACCCGAUUGCCAUGGCGCGCAACGCGGUGGACGAGAGGGCCCCGCUGCCCAACCAGGCCUCAGACUAUCUCUAUGAGCUCCUGCGCCAGGGCUGCGAGUAUAUGGAGCCCCGCCUGCGCCGCGUGAAGCAGCGCGCCAUCGUGGUCGCGGGGGAGCGCGACCUGCUGAUCCCCAGCGCCGAGGAGGCGGAGCGGCUGUCCAAGGCGCUGCCGCGGUGCCGCAAGGUGGUGCUGGCGGGGCGCAGCCACGCGGUGCUCCAGGAGGCGGGGGUGGACCUCUCACAGAUACUGCAGGCCCAGGGGUUCUACGUGACCCGCCGCGUCCUCUCCAACGGCACAACCAGCGCCUCCGCCGCCGACGGCGGCGGCGCCGCGUUCGGCACGACCGCGCCCGUCCAGCUGCCCACGCCGGCCGAGAUCCGCGCCGACCGUGACGGCUUCGUAACUACCAUCCGCCGCCUGUGCUCGCCGGUGUAUUACUCGACCCUGGCUGACGGGCGGAUUGUGAAGGGCUUCGACGGCGUGCCGCGGCCGGGGGCGGGCGGCGCGGGGGGGCCGCUGCUUUUCAUCGCAAACCACCAGCUGUUUGCGGCCGACAUGUACACGAUGAUCCCUGACAUGUUGGAGGCGACGGGCAUCCUCCCCCGCGGCCUCGCCCACCCCGCGGUCUUCGCCGGCGCCGACGCCACGCGCGCCUCGUCCCAGGACGCGCCCCCGCCGCAGGAGGCCGCCGGCCGCGGCCCCUUCUCGCUCUUCGGCGGCGGCGGCAACAGCGGCGGCAGCAGCAGCAGCAGUAGCAACGGCAGCAACGGCAACGGCAACGGUAACGGCCAGGCGGGCUUUGCGUCGCUGCUAGAGACGUAUGGCGCCGUCCCCGUCAGCGCGUUUGCGAUGCACCGGCUGCUGGCGAGCGGCGACAGCGUGCUGCUGUACCCGGGUGGCGCCCGCGAGGCGUUCAAGCGCAAGGGGGAGGCGUACCAGCUGAUGUGGCCCGAGAAGGAGGAGUUUGUGCGCAUGGCCGCGAAGCAUCACACCCCAACUCUCACGCCCGGGUGA